CGCGUCGUCGAGUCUGCCGUGGGUAUAAAUAGGAAGGGUGGUUGCACCAUUGACCCAGUGCUAGUUGGAUUAUUGCACGACUGGGUGGGUGGUCGGUAGUCUUCACUCCGAGCACUGCACUCUGACACAAAGUUUAUCCUUCCGAUGAUUUUUUGUCGAAUUAGUUUGUAAACAAACUGAUGAUUGGUGGGGGGAAUUUUUUUGGCUGUUGUCGGAGCGUUGAGGGGAGAUCAUUAGAAAUUGUCUUGAAACUUUUAUUCAGAUCCUUUCGUUUUGUGGAAGAAGUUUUUAGUCGGAUGAAAGUACAAUCGUAGACACUGCCCACAUUGGACCCUAUCGAAACCUUCGAAAUUAUUUCUAUUUUAUUGGAGAUUUCAAUUGACUUGGGGUGAUUGGUUGAAUGGGAAAGUUUGGGAUAAUCCAGUGGUCCUGAAGUAUUGAAUAAGUGAUUGGACGACUUUUGUGUCAACGAACUCGGAGGAGAACUGAGAAAGGGAGUCCUUACGCCCUCCCUUCCUCGUGCGUUGGGGGUCAUCGAGUCGUGAGUUGAGUUGUAAUGGUCAUUCGUAGAAAAACGAAGAAUGAGGAUAAUCUAGAGCAUUGAAUUAAUCCGGGAAAUUUGCCUGAUAAACAUGUCGGAGUCCACAGCGGUGACUCCAUCCACGGGAAAUCCGUACAAAAUUGUUGACUGCAGUAGAGAAAAGAGGAAAGGAAUUACUGCCUCUUCACUCGAGGACCUCACCAACGUGGCUAGAAGCAGAUUGGCACUGGCCUCAGAUGCUGAUCUCACUAUUGUGUUGGAGCAAGAUGGCACCGAGGUAGAUGACGAGGAGUAUUUUGCAACACUCGAGAGAAACACAAGCCUGAUGGUACUCCAGGGAGAUGAAAAGUGGGCAGCUCCAGGCAGCAGUAAGACUGCCUCACGUUACAUAGUCGUUGACAAUGUUGAUAACGCUGGUAGAACGAUCGAUGAGACUGUGCGACGUUAUCGAAGCCCAGUUGAGCCACUGGUGUCAACAUUACACGGUGAUCCAUCACACAUUUCCCUCCUCGGUGGUAAUGAUCUCGAGUUACUGAGCGACAUGAAUCCAGACAGUCUAGCUGAUAUAGUGCCAGACAGGCUGUUCUUGGAGCAGUUGAAGGAGGCAUCGGGAAGAUUUUUGGCGGAGAAACGACAGGCACAGGAGUCAAUGGCACUCCUUCAAAUGUACGCAACUGGAGGUGAAAUGGAGCGAGCGUAGGCCAUGUGGGGGGUGGGCGCCCUCACACUGGCGAACAUGUAUAGCGUCCGACGUCGAAUCUUCUACAGAGGACGACAGUUGCAGCAAACUCUGAUUCUCUUCUGGAAUUGAGCCCAUUUUAUUUUGAAUUACGACUGAAUACAACGGGGAUUAUUAUUUUCCGACGAUAACAACACUCUCGAGGUUCAGUCGUCAAUUGAUUCCAUGGAUUUUGUAUCUUCAGGAAAGGUAAUGAUGGAUAUUGUUAUUGAUCUGUUUGCUAUGGAAUUCAGGAUGCACGAGGCAAAAUGGUAAACUGUAAAUUGUGAGUGAUUAUUUGUACAACUUAAUCACCAAUUUGUCUCUAUUAACUAAUCGUCGAGUCGAGUGUAAAUACGACUCUGUUAGAUGUUCGAUGAAAAAAUCUAUAACUUUAAGGAAAUCAUUCAGAGAAAAAUUUCACUUGUUUCCUCAAACUUGUUAAAAUUUGCCUCGAAAAAAAUGAAUUCAUGCUCAGAUAGUGAUUAAAAUUACUCCGUUACAUUGACCUCCGGUUGAGGGAGAAAAUCUAUCGAACUUGAUUCACUUGAAAUUUUUCUCUGAAUGUGAUGAAUCAGUAGCUAGUCUGUUUUCAGUAAUUUUUAGAAAAAAAAAAGAUUUUCUUCUCGAUUAUUAAAACAAUCGCUAUGACCGCCCGAGUCACAGUAACGCACCCCACGGAAUUGUAUAAUUGAUGCUCAGUAAGAAAAACAAAUGUAGCAUUUAAAUAAUCGAUUAAUGGUACAUUAAUCGUAUAACUAUUUCAGAUAUAAUCGUUUGAACAGAGAAAGAAGGAUUGUAAAUGUACUUCGGAGAAUAGGGUAACGUUGUAAAUCGCUUGGAUAACACCAAUCGGUGACAGAUGGUGUGGCUGUGUCAGUUCUAAUACAAAAACAAAAAAAAAUAGAAAAAAACGCCGAAUCCCUUAAAACAUCAUGAACAAAAAUUAAGUAAAGGAGAAAUCGAGACAGCUUCGUACGUAGAUUAAUAAUCGAAAAAAAUUGACUAUUUUUUGUGUUGAACCGACGUGCAAGGGAAUGAUUUAAAGACUGAAUUUAUAGAGAAAAAAGUACCAGCAUUAAAUCCAUCUAGAUCACCAAUUCACGAGUACACAAAAAAAUGCGAAAAAAAAUGUAGGAUACUAUUACCAUACCACGUGACACCAGAUAUCAAUCCUUUGAUACUAAGCGAAGUUGUGCAUUUGUUAGUUAAGAGUAAUAAUAAUGAAGAUAACAAUCCAAUAGGGUAGGUAAUUUAAAAUUAAAUUGAUUAAUUGAGUAAGAAUAAGGGAAUAAUAGUUCUAGGGGCUUCUAUAAAGACUGUAUGCUCGCGUCCUGCCCCCAAUCCUCAUCAGCUGUAAUUCUGCAUCAAUAAGAUUUUUUUAGAGGACUCAGGUCCAGUGAUAAGGUUCUAAUUAUACAAAUUAAAAAGGUAAAAUAUUGUACAAAGUAAAUUAUAUGAGUCAAUAAUUCUGCGAAUCCCAUUGAGGCCCCCUAAGCGACAUUAUCUCGAUGUGAUUUUCAUUUCUACUCGUAAUACGUCGAUUUAACGAUUUAAUGAUGAUACUGCUAUUGUAUAGAGAUGAAGAGAUAAGGCGAAAGUACGUGAAAAAUGAUUAUUGAUUGGAGUUUACCAAUUUGCAACUGAACAAACUAACGAUAGCGAGCCUCUAUUUUACUUGAUUGCUCACUUUGCUCCAAUAAUUCUGGAGAUAGGAGGGAAUUUUUACGAUUGACGGGCUGGUAUUUGUGCAAAAAAUUAUUGGAGCAAAAUGGGUCAUCAGUUGUUGAAUUGAGACUUUUCAAUUUUCCAAUGACACAUGUCCAACAUUUUCCCUUAUUUUUCUGGGUAUUUGAAGUAAACUCGUCUUGGAAAAAUGAAGUCAUCGCCUUAUUUCACUUACUGUUAAUCGCAGAGCUACUAAAAUAAUAUUUCAAGGGAAAUCGAUAAUCCAAGGAGAGUAAAAUAAAAUAAAUAAAUAUACAAAUAGAAUUCAAAGUAGUCUAAUGUGGAAAAUAACUGAAAGAUGCGAUGCAACGACCAGUAGGAAGGCAUUGGUAUAGUAACAACGCCACUAAUUCAGUAAACAAAACAACAGAAAUUUAUUUCGCCCAUAGUUUAACAAAUAAUGGUAAAGGAAGCUUCUAAAAGGUUUUGAAUAAUCCAUGAACACGAGAGAACGGCAGCUAAGUCGGUAUUUACGAUACGCGCUGUUAGUCAAUAACUAUCGAAUAGCCUACUGCCAUCAAACUUGAAACAAGAAAAAAAUUUAACAGAGACGAACAAAAAAUGCUCAACAACUCCUGAGAUAAUCGACAAUGUUUUUUUUCUUAUUCAAGGUCAUUUUGACUGUGAGUCCAACAUCUACUGGCUAACAGCCGUCUUAAAAUCGUACAAUUUUAAUAAAUAACUAAGUAAACUGAAAAUUAUUGAAUGUUAAAUUAAAUGUUUGCGAAAGUCCUCAUCGAGCAAGUCUUCAGUUUUUUUAUGCUCAGGAAAUUCAAAUUUCAUGUGUUCCUCAUUCAGACCUUCUUUAUUUAUUUCUUUUUGUGUUGAAAACACGGAACAAUAAUUGGAUAACGCAAUUGAACUUCUAAACAUUCACAAUUAAAUUAGUUUAGAGUUAAAAUUAAUGAAUUUGGUCCAGCAGUGGUCUAUGUUUUAAUGGUAUUCAAGAAGUUUCCAUCGAUUAUCUGAAAAAGCACACUGGACGCUUCAUUCCACCUGGCAGAUGCAUUCCUCAGUUGGCAUGCAGCUUCCUGAACUGUCAAUUCACUCUUCACCAACUGCUUAUUGAUUCCAGUGAGCUCUUGAAUGCCAGUAGUAAUAGUGUUAUCAGUCAGACAGACUAUAUUUUCCCUGAGUGACUCGUUGCACUCGUCUGAUCAGCCAAAAAACACACAACCACAUUAACAUUAUUAUUACCAAUUGUGAUAAAUUCCUUUGAUAAUGAACAACUUAAUUUUCUAAUUUUUACAUUGAUUUCUAGGGCUUUAAGAAUAGAAGAAUUUCUUCUGAUAUUCACUACAACUAAAAUAGAUAAUAAAUGAGUUGAUAAAUUAAAUAAAAUAGUUUAAUAUUGAAUGCAAAGGAAGUAAAUAUAGUAAGUGUCUUAAUUACGAAAUACGUAACAACAAUUUUCUCUGAUAUACUGAUAUAUUCCAGUUAAUUAUUACUGUCAUUGAUUUGAUCUUGUAAUGAUUGUAAUCAAUAAAGGAACAUAACAUUCAA